AUGAAUAAUCUCCGUAUUACACACACCGAACAACAAGACAACCGCUACGACCUUUUCAACGUACACUUCUACACCGACACAAUCAAGACAAUCGUCACUUCAGAUCCCGACAUAAUAACUAACUGGAUCUCCGAAACCUUAACCACCAAUCGCCACGUCAUCGCUGGUCUUGAUGUUGAAUGGCGUCCUAAUUUCCACCGUAACCAACAAAACCCAGUCUCACUUCUCCAAAUCUGCGUUGACCGUCGUUGCUUGAUAAUCCAACUCUUAUGCUGUCAAUCUUUCCCUGAAUCACUUGUUAAUUUUCUUGGGAACCGGGAAUGCGUGUUUGUUGGAGUUGGAAUUGAGAGCGAUGUGGAGAAGUUGCUUGAGGAUUACGAGAUUAGUGUGGGGAAUGUGGUGGAUUUGAGAGCAAAAGCUGCUGAUGCGUAUGAGAUGAGGAAUUUGAGGAAUGCUGGGUUGAAGCAAUUGUGUAAUGUUGUGCUUGGAAAACAGAUUGUUAAGCCUAGAAGUGUUACUAUGGGGAGGUGGGAUUGUGAGUGGUUGAGUUUGGGGCAGAUUCAGUAUGCUUGUCUUGAUGCUUUUGUUUCUUUUGAGAUUGCUAGGAGCUUGAAUGUGAAUGUUGCUGCUGCUUCUGGGUAG